CAUGUGUUGUUUGUGAGGUUUGAUCACAUCGUGUCGUCACGUUUCAGUACUGUUCAUUACAUUUCAUCAUUACAUCCUACAUGACCUGAUCCUUCCUAAUGCCUGUCAAAGCAUAGAAUAAUAAGUAAACAUUAUAUGGUGGGAUGGCCUUAGAAUUAUUGCAGUCUCCAAAUGAUUCAAAAGACUAUAGAAUAAUCACGCUCCCGAACAACCUGGUUGCCAUUGUCAUUUCUGACUUGGCAUCCACCACCAGUUCUCAUAAUUCAGAACUUGACAAAAACAUCAACGUUGAUGGUACUGGUAGUGAGAAUGCAGGUGGACAAGAAGAAAUAGAUGACGAUGAUGAUGAAGAUGGUGAUUCUGAAGAGGAAGAUGGCAUGGAUGGAAUACAAGCUGACAGUGAAGAUGAGAUGGUGCCACUCAAAAAGAGAAAGAGAACACAAGAGAAAUUGGCUGCUGCAGCUCUAAGCGUUGGUGUUGGAAGCUUUUCUGAUCCAUCGGAUAUCCCUGGAUUAGCUCACUUUCUUGAACAUAUGGUGUUUAUGGGCAGUAGCAAAUACCCUGAUGAGAACUCAUUUGAUGCUUUUGUAAAGCGUCACGGCGGAAACAACAAUGCAUCUACUGAUUGUGAACGGACUGAAUUUCAAUUUGAAAUUGAUAGCAACUUCUUCCGUGAGGGAUUGGACCGCUUUGCUCAGUUCUUUAUCUCACCCCUGAUGAAGGAAUCCAGCACUGACAGAGAACUGGAAGCUGUCGAUAGUGAAUUUCAAAUGAGUCUUCCGGCUGAUCAUUUUCGUAAACAGCAGUUGUUUGGUACUUUCACUAAAGAAGGUCACCCACUUGGAAAAUUUAUGUGGGGCAAUACCACAACUCUGAAAUUGGAUCCAGUUAGCAAAGGUAUUGAAGUACACAAACGACUUCAGAAAUUCAGACACGCAAUGUAUUCCAGUGAUUAUAUGACACUUGCUGUACAGUCUACAGAAAGUUUGGAUACACUUGAGGAGUGGGUAAGGGAAUCGUUCUCAGACAUCCCCUCCAAUGGUCUUCCUAAGCCAAUGUACUCUUUACAUGCAAAUCCUUUUGUGUCAGACAAGUUCCACAAACUAUACAAAAUUGUGCCUGUAAAAGAUGUGAACCAGUUGGAAAUAACUUGGAAAUUUCCAUGUUUGUUCAAAGAAUACAAGUGUAAACCGCUUCAUUACUUAUCUUGGCUGAUCGGUCAUGAGGGGCAUGGCAGUAUAUUAGCUAGGCUCAAGAAAAGAUCAUUUGCUCUUAAGCUAUUUGGUGGAAAUGAUGGAACUGGGUUUGAAUACAAUGAAACUUGUGCAAUUUUUAGCAUUAAUGUUGAGCUGACAACAGCAGGGCUGACCAACAUAGAUGAGGUUGUAUCUAUAAUCUUCCAAUAUAUUAAAAUGUUGCAAAAAGUUGGGUCACAGAAAAGGAUAUUUGAUGAGAUAAAGACAAUAGACGACAAUGCAUUCCGAUUUCAAGAGGAGAUGGAUGCUGUUGAUAAUGUGGAACUGAUUUCAGAUAAUAUGCAGACUUACCCACUGGAGCAUUACCUCACAGGGCACUUACUCCAAUUUGAAUAUGACCACAAGGCAAUUAACGAAUGUCUCUCACAACUAACGGCCGAGUCUGCUAAUUACAUGCUGUGGUCAAAGACAUACCAGGAGUCAUGUGAUCAGGUGGAGCCCUGGUAUCAGACUGCCUACAAGAUUGAACAAGUGCCCUCGAGAUGGAUACAAGACUACCAUAAUUCUGAGGUUCACCCUGAUCUACAUCUUCCACAUCCAAAUAUCUUUAUUGCGGAUGAUUUCAGCUUGAAGACUGAUGAUGGACCACCAUCUGAACAUCCAUUAAAGAUACUGGACACAGAACAAGGGUGUGUCUGGCAUAAAAUGGACAAUAAGUUCAAAUUACCAAAAGCGUUUAUCUGCAUUCACCUGAAGAGCUUGUUGGUGAACCAGUCUGCUAUGCAUCUGUGUCUCUUUGAUUUCUUUGUUAGUUUGCUUGAGCAUAAUAUGAAUGAGGUCGCGUACAAUGCAGAGGUAGCUGAGCUCAGCUACAGCUUCCGCACUGAAGAGACUGGCUUCAUUAUCAAGAUGCAUGGUUUUAACCACAAGCUGCAUUUACUGUUUGACACAAUCCUUGAUUACAUUGCCAACUUCUCUGUUACUGAUGAUCUAAUGGAUGCAGUGAUGGAGGCCAUGUUGCAGUCAUAUCACAAUCACAUCAUAAAACCAAGUAAAACAAACAAUGAUGUUCGACUAGCAAUUUUACAAAAGGUUAAGUGGAUUCCUUUGGAUAAGAGGAAAGUCUGCCCUCAUGUGAUGAAAGCUAUGGUGGAACAAUUUGCAGUGGAUUUCAGAAAAAAAGUAUUUGUGGAAAUUUUAGUUCAAGGCAACUAUACAUCACAGGAAGCGAUUGGGUUUCACAGCAAGAUUUGCAAGAAGUUGGAUCUUGGGGUCAUAGAUCAUCAGCCUAGCACCACUAUUACUAAGAUUCCACUGGGCUCAACCACCUGCAAGUUAAAGAGCUUCAAUCCUGGGGAUACAAACACUGUGGUGAAUAAUUACUACCAACAAGGCUGUGGAACCAUCUACAAGAUCACUCUUAUUGAGUUACUAGUGAUGCUGAUGGAGGAACCAUGUUUCGACUUUCUUCGCACUCAAGAACAGUUAGGGUAUAGUGUGCACCCUACCUGUAGAAAUAGCUUUGGUAUUGUUGGGUUUUCUGUAACCGUGACAACACAGGCAAAUAAAUUCAGCGCUCUUCAUGUGGAUCAGCGAAUUGAAGCCUUUUUGGAAAAUUUCCAAGAGAAACUGACAAACAUGACAGACAGAGAGUUCCAGACUCAAGUGGAUGCUCUGGUGAACCUGAAGCAGUGUGUUGACCUGAAUCUUGCAGAUGAAGUUACCAGGAAUUGGAAUGCAAUUCAAACAGGGGCUUAUGUAUUUGAUGUGCUGGAGAGAGAGAUUAAAGUAUUGAAGAAUGUAAAGAAAAGUCAAAUAAUUGAUUUACUAGAUGAACUAAUAAACGAAGGAAGAUGUCGGAGAAAACUAUCAACACAGGUCAUUGGCUUUGGUGAACGGGAAAACAAUCUACCCACAUCUUGUGGCGAUGCAAGCAGGCUUCAAAAUGGCGAGACAACUGACGGGGAAGAAAAUAUGCAAAUAACUUUCCUACCGUAUGAUGGAAACUCAAUUAAGCAUAUAGGAAGGUUCAAGGAGUGUUUGGAGAUUUAUCCAGUGACUGUUAUUAACAAAUAAAGUAUUUAAAAAAUGGGGAACAAACGAUAAGUUAGAUGGUGGUAAUGCAAUAAGCCAAUUCGUGGUUCAAAAUGCGCAUGCCCGUAUCCAUGGUAAAUCGACAUAAACCUUUUGUGUGAAUGCUUGUUUAUGUUGUUGAUUGACCUUAAUACUCGCGGUUCUAACUACGAAUUGGCCUAUUGCUAUUGUAGAUUUUGUUUAUGAAGUACACUGUUCUCGCUGCCCAUGGCCCAGAUAUGUUAACAGAAUAAAUUGGCUUAUAAUGGACUUGGGGCAAUUACAUAAUUUAAACAAAAAUGAUUUUAAAGAUGCUAAUUGGGUUAUAUUUUUGUGAAGUAAUUAGGUAUCACUUAAUUGCUGCGAAGCAGCCAAUUCAUAUUCUUGACAGCAAUUUGACCUCUGAAAGGUCAUUGUUUGUCAAAAAACGAGUGCCUAAGACGACUGAAAAGUG